AUGAUUUUGUCCCAAAUUGCAUGGUCAGACUGCUUCGUCUUCCUCUUCUUUCUCGCGCCUCAAUUAUUGAUCCAUGUCGGAUUCUUCGAAACACUAUUGGUUGGCAUCGAGGCCCUGCCGUUUCUACUAUUCAAACUCCCUUAUCAACUAAUCCGCGAACGCUACUUCAUUUCCAAUGCCCAAAAGUCCCCCUUCGCACGACAAGCAACUCUCUUCCAAGACCUCGUCAUUCGAUGCGUCCGCUACGCCUUCGCCAAGAUCCCCGCCGCAGUCGGCAAAAUCUUCUUCUCCAAAGGCGUCGCACUCCCUUUCAUCCGCUUCCGCAUGUUGCGACAUGGGCUCUUCCGUUCCCCCGUCUUCUGGAAGGAAGUCAACCGCGACAAGCUGAAAGGCAUCUACAUCAUCCCCGAUGCAACUCGGCGCCCGGAUAUCGUGGUGUACUACUGCCACGGAGGCGGCUUCUCCAUGGGCUCGGCCUACUUCUACCUCGAAUUCUUGAUUGUCUGGAUCCACCUACUGCAGGAAGCCGGGUACGAAAACCCCGCCGUCUUCGCUCUGGACUACACCCUUGUUCCGCAAGCUACGUACCCGACUCAAGUCCAAGAGACAUUAGCAGGCUACAAGUACGCCUUAUCCGUCGCCCCCGACCCCUCCAAGAUCAUCGUGAGCGGCGACUCAGCCGGCGCCACGCUGGUCCUCAGCCUCCUCCUCUGCUUGUCGGACUAUUCAUCGCUAAAGAAGAGCCUGCCGGGUCUAGCCGUCAUAAUCUCCCCCUGGGCGGCCAUCGUCUCUCAGAAGAACCAAAACACGCCUUCCGACUACCUCAACGCCGACAGCCUCAUGCUCUACGGUAGACAGUACGUCGGCACGCGCGCCUCAUCCGACGACUCGCUCGUCUCCCCGGGCCGCUGCAAGGAUCUGAACUGGUGGAAGCGAGCAUCGCCUACGAGCGGGUGGUUCUUCAUUUACGGCGCGGAGGAAGUCUUCGCACCGGAGACAAAGGAUUUGAUUGCUGUGCUGGGCAAAGCGGGGGUCAAGGUCACGCAGCAUGAAGAGAAGGACUGGAUUCAUGCGUGGCCGGUGGUGAAGCUGUUUCUCUGCAAUUCGCGAGCGGAGAGAGUGAGUGGGUUGAAGGUGAUGGUUGAGGCGAUCGUGGAGCGGAUAGGCGUUCCGGGGAGAUGA